UGAUAUUAUAUCACCGAUAGUGGUGUCUCCAAUUCUCGUGGUCAUCACAUAGUGUUCAAGGUUGAAAAGUGGAAACAAUCCCCGGAAAAGCCCAUUCAUAAAGUCUGUCUUAGAUGAAGUACCGGGUCCGCCAUCUUUUAUGUCGGUAUUGCAACAUCGAAUGACUUUGAUAUUUAAAACCGAGUGAUUUGGUUAUACGUGUUUCUGAAACGUCAAGUUACUACAAUUUUAGUUCAUUGAAAAUCGUCGUUCAGUUGUGUUAAGGCAACCUGCAUAUCGUCGAAAAUAUCGUGGCAAACAGGCACCGUCUGACAACACUAUCCGUCGUUUGGUUUCGAAUUUUUUUGAGUACGGGAAUUGAUUGAAGCGGUCAGAGACAGCGUUGCUCAGAAUCCAAAAGUGUCGUAUUGUCACCGUGCUCAGCAUUUUGGCAUCAGUGGAACCACGUUGCGGCGCAUUUUGAAGGCUGAUUUGCAUUUGUUUCGUUAUAAGGUUCAGUUAACACAAAAAAUAUUGCCAACUGACCAACCGCGUCGCUUGCAAUACGCCCAAUCAGUCGCUCACAUGCUUGAUGCUUAA